AUGACAAUCCAAUUAUCUGAAUUAUUUUUCGGUUCAGGUCAUAUAUGGUCAAAACAUGAAAGAUAUCUCAAUAGUGUACAAGAAAUUUGGUUGUUUACAGCCUUAUGGACUACAAUAUUCUUUACCCUGAUAUAUAGUUUGGCCGGAAUAUGGGCUUGGGUUGUAUUUCGUAGUUAUAAAUGGUCAUUUCUGAUCCCAUUUGGAUUCAUUGUCGUCGCGUUAUUAACGGGUUUUGUGGAAGGAACAGCGUUUGGGUUAGUGCUGGCAGUUAUUUAUUUAUAUGGCGAUUUUGGUAUGACGCUUUGGAUUCCAUUUUUAUGGGGUUUAAUACAGGCCUUGAUUCUUCUCAUGGGAUGUUAUUCAACCAUUACAAGUUUUUUAUAA